AUGGAAAAUGAGAGUGAUUUGAAAAACAUCCUUGGUAUGUUUCUUGCUGGUUCCAUCGAACAACGUCUCCUGGAGACGAUACGGGAACAACAAGAAGGAAGACGUGACCAUGAGAGAGCCUACAGAAAGGCAAGGGAAGCCGAGGAGAAGUUAGCGCUAUGGCGGAGCGAAUGGUCUGCUCAACGAUCACGACUCGUCUAUGCUAUUCGGACAUUGCAGUCCGCUUUAUCUAACGCUCGUCUGAAUUCACUCAAUGGUCUCUCGCUCACUCAAAUCGAACAACUGAAAGCGAAAAUCCAAGAAGUGAAGGAAAGUGAGAUGAUAGCCGAAGAUGCGAAAGAGAAGGUGAUACUUCUGUUUUUAGCUACCAAAUCAGGGACGGAACUCAGAAAGUACUAGAA